AUGGAUUCUUGGACAUUUUCAUUCUCACCUAGUAACCUGUCCAAGUUUCCUAUGUAUGGUGGCAUUAUGUUGGGCAACAUGUCAGAUGAGGACAUGAGAAAUAACACUGACCACAGUUUAACAAGAACUAGCACUGUGGUCAUCACCUUCAUGUAUUUCGUAGUUUGUGCAGUCGGUCUCUGUGGAAACGCUCUGGUCAUCUAUGUCAUCCUGCGAUACGCCAAGAUGAAGACAGUUACGAACAUCUACAUCUUAAACUUAGCCCUGGCAGACGUGCUGUUCAUGCUGAGUUUGCCCUUCAUCGCCAUUCAGUUGGCACUGGUCCACUGGCCGUUCGGGGCGGCUUUAUGUCGCGUGGUUAUAACCGUCGAUUCUCUGAACCAGUUUACCAGUAUCUUCUGCCUGAUGGUGAUGAGCAUUGAUCGGUACCUCGCUGUGGUUCACCCUAUAAAGUCCACCAAAUGGAGGAGGCCCCACGUUGCCAAGACCAUCAACCUGGUGGUGUGGGUCGUGUCACUCCUCGUCAACCUCCCGAUCAUUAUUUACAGUGGAAUAAUCACCAAACCAGACGGUUGCUUCUGCACCAUUGUGUGGCCGGAACCGCAGGAGGCCUACUACACCGCCUUCAUGUUCUAUACCUUCUUCUUGGGCUUCUUCCUGCCUCUCAUGGUCAUCUGUUUGUGUUAUUUACUCAUUAUCAUCAAGGUCAAGUCAUCCGGGAUCAGGGUGGGCUCCACCAAACGCAAACGCUCUGAGAAGAAGGUGACGCGCAUGGUGUCCAUCGUGGUCACUGUCUUUGUGUUCUGCUGGCUGCCUUUCUAUGUCUUCAAUGUGACAUCAGUUACAGGCACCAUAAGCACAACACCCUUCUUGAGGAGCAUGUUUGCCUUUGUUGUGGUGUUGGGAUACGCCAAUAGCUGCGCCAACCCAAUUUUAUAUGCUUUCUUGUCUGAUAACUUCAAAAAAAGUUUCCAAAACGUUCUGUGUCUGAAAAGGGGAAUUGAGUGCACUGACAGCAAACAGGACAAGUUACAAAUGAUGAAUGACCCAACAGAAACGCAAAGCACACUGUUAAAUGGAGACCUGCAAACCAGCAUCUGA